UGGUGCAAUUGCCCGGUGCAGCGAACGAUGGUGCAGUUGCACCUCUUGGCGGUGCAACCAGGUGCUGCCAAGGCCAGAUUUUGCCAAGAAAUUACCCCAUUAGGCUUAAUACCGCCGAUCUGGUAACUAACAAGGCCGUAA